AUGCCUUCCGCCGACUUCAUCAAUGUUACCGCGAAACCAGUUCUGGAAAAUGAAGAUGAAAUAGCUCGUACAAGAUGUACCAAGCCAUUAGUGAACAAUGGUGUAUUGGAUCAAUUUGAGCACUCGGACUUGACACCGGUAAUUGGAAGAGUCUUUGACGAAAAGGUUCAACUGAAAGAGUUCCUCUCGCCGAGUACCUCCGAAGAAUUGUUCAAGGAUUUGGCGUUGACAAUCUCCGAUCGUGGUGUAGUUUUCUUCAGAAAUCAAGACAUUAAUCCUGAGCAAAUGAAAGCUGUUAUCGAACGUAUUUCCAAAGCAGCUGGAUCUCCUGAAUCCUCUACACUUCACAUCCACCCCCUCACCGAACAAUCCUCCGAACUGGGCGAUCAAGUGUCCGUAAUCUCUUCCACAAAGCAAGCCAAAGGCGGUGGAUUAACUCACCAACUGUCCGACGUAUCUCGAUUUGCUAGUACUGGCUGGCAUGCCGAUAUCACAUUUGAACGAGUCCCUUCCGAUUAUGCCAUGUUGAAAAUCCAUACCCUGCCUGAAACAGGUGGUGAUACUUUAUGGGCAUCUGGAAACGAGAUUUAUGAAAGACUGAGUCCGAAGAUGAAGGAAAUGUUGGAAGGACUAACAGCGACUCAUGAUGCGAGCUUUUUCCAUGAUGAAGCAAGGAGACUCGGACAGGAUAUCAGAGAAGAUAUGAGAGGAAGUCCAUUGAAUAUUGGAAAAGAGUUGAGUGCUGUUCAUCCGGUGGUUAGGACAAACCCCGUAACUGGCAAGAAAUCUCUUUUCAUAAACCAAGGCUUCACACGACGUCUCCAUCCUCUCACAAAAGACGAAUCGGAUCUUUUACUUCCAUGGUUAAAGAAUUUGGUACCCUUGAACCACGAUGCGCAAGUCAGAUGGAAGUGGAGUAAGAAUGAUGUAGCGAUUUGGGAUAACAGGAGUAAUUGGCAUUGUGCUACUUAUGAUUACGCGGAGGCGAGAGCAGGCGAUAGAGUUUGUAGUUUGGGAGAGAAGCCUUAUUUGUAAAAGAUUUGGCAUGGAAAAGAUCACUGGAAAAUGGAGUUGAAUAAAUGAAGUCGAAAGAUAUAAAUGGGUAGAUGGGUCUAGAGUUCGAGAUAUCUAGUUAUCGGUUGUCAUUGGCUCUCCUCGAUCGUGAGCUCAAUCGUGAGCCAAGAGUUCGGAUCGCCUAACUAGUAUCUUAUCAAUUACAACGGCGAGCAAAAUAAACCUCUAUAUAAACUACAUUCAGCUCCCGUUCCUUUUCUCUUCAAACCACAACUACAUGUGUUGAUCCAGGACACAAGGACUCUCGCCUUUAAUCACCUGCUGUAACUUUCAUUCUCUGAAGCCGUCCAAGUGAAUGGACUGGACCUUCUUUCGGUGAAAAUUACAUAUUCAAUUUCUAUUGUCAGUAGUCUCCUAUUGUGUUCUGUUAUCACUUUCGAUAACCUAUGCACACUACCCAUCUUGACUCUCGCCUGUAUAUCUUUCUCCCUUCCAUUCCUUGAUCCC